GCACUACUGUUUCUAGUCCCUUUCUGUUGAACGUGGUGAAGUCAAAAUGGCGGGUCAUUUUUCAGAGUUUGGUCUACUGCCUGAAAUUUGCAAAGCAGUUGAGGACAUGGGAUGGCUUCUUCCAACAGAUGUACAAGCUGAAGCCAUUCCUCUUAUUCUUGGUGGUGGAGACGUUCUUAUGGCAGCAGAAACUGGACGUGGAAAAACUGGAGCCUUUUCCUUGCCUGUGAUUCAGAUUGUACAUGAGACAAUAAGAGAAGCACGAAGUGGCCGUAAGAGUACCAAACCAACAUCUGCUGCCCCACCAGAUGUACCAACCAAGUUCAAAAUGAAUGUGUAUGAUAGAGAUCAGGAGUUUGCUAUUGAUGAUAAGGGUUAUCUGUGUCAGAGUCGCAAUCAUUUUAAGUGGCAAGGAUGCCGUUCUACUUUGGGAGUCAACAAAGGAAUGUAUUAUUAUGAAACAACUGUCACAGAUGAAGGGCUCUGUCGUGUGGGAUGGGCAACAGACCUGGCUUCAUUGGAUCUUGGGACUGACAAACAGGGGUAUGGAUUUGGAGGCACAGGGAAGAAGUCAUUUGGAAAGCAGUUUGACACUUAUGGGGAGCCAUUUGGGAUUAAUGACACACUUGGAUGCUAUAUUGAUCUUGAUAAUGGUUCUGUAAAAUAUAGCAAAAACGGAGUGGAUUUUGGGGAGGCAUUUGAAAUUAGUCAAAAUCUUCAAGGAAGCACCUUUUUUGCAGCAGUUGUGUUAAAGUUCCAGGGUAGAUAUAUAGGACUUUCCAAAGCACCACCUGAUGCUGUGAGUGCCUCGAACAUCAAAGGAGGAGCACAGACCAAACCUGGCAAGUUUAAUAACAAAUGUAGUCCAUCAGCCAUCAUAAUGGAGCCAUCUAGAGAAUUAGCCCAACAGACCCAUGAUCAGGUAUCAUUGUUCAGGAAGCACUUACCGAGUCCACAAGUCAAAGAGGUGCUUUUGAUCGGAGGAGAGAAUGUGAAGGCACAAAUUCAGACACUGAGUGAGGGGGUGGACAUCUUGACCGGAACACCUGGAAAGCUCGAUGAUUUCAUUUCAACUGAUAAAAUCAGCCUUUCUCAGGUUCGCUUUUUCAUUUUAGAUGAAGCGGAUGGUUUGCUGGCACAGGGAAAUCGAGAGCUAAUCAUGAGAAUCUUUAAAAAGAUUCCAAAAACGAGCCCUGACGGUAAACGGUUACAGAUGAUCGUGUGUUCGGCAACCCUUCACUCAGUGGAAGUGAAAAAGUUAGCUGAUAGAAUCAUGCAUUUUCCAACCUGGGUUGACCUCAAAGGAAAGGAUAGUGUGCCAGAGACUGUUCAUCAUGUGGUCUGUCGUGUGGAUCCUAGGGUGGACACUUCGUGGCAACAACUCAGAUCUGCAGUUAAGACUGACGGAAUUCACGCAAUGGACAAAAUAAAGCCAGGCAGUCAGAGUCAAGAAUCUUUGUCUGAAGCUGUCAAGGUUCUGAAGGUUGGGUACCUCGUCAAAGCUAUCCAGGAACACAAAAUGGACCAGGCUAUCAUUUUCUGUCGUACAAAACUGGAUUGUGACAAUGUGGAAAACUAUCUGUUAACCCUGGAAGGAGGUCCAAAUGCCAUGGUCAACGAAUAUUCUUGUGUGUGUCUCCAUAGUGACAGACCUCCAAAGGAAAGAAAAGCGAACCUCGAGUUGUUUAAGGAUGGCUAGGCAAGAUUUCUAAUCUGUACUGACGUGGCAGCGAGGGGUAUCGAUAUUUCUGGUGUACCUUAUGUCGUGAAUGUAACAUUUCCAGACGAUGAGCAAAACUACGUGCACAGAAUUGGACGUGUAGGAAGGGCAGAAAGGAUGGGUCUGGCAAUUUCACUCGUCUCAGAAAUUAAAGAAAAGGUAUGGUAUCAUACCUGUCCCAAUCGUGGUAAAGGAUGCAACAACACGCAGCUUAGGGAUAAAGGGGGCUGUUCAAUAUGGUACGACGAGAAAGAGUAUCUAGCGGCCGUGGAGGAUCAUCUGAAAGAGACAAUCUCUUGCAUAGAACCCAACAUGAAAGUUCCCCGUAACGAGUUUGAUGGUAAAGUCACCUACGGCAAGAAACGUAGAGGAGCGGGGCCCAUCUUUGAGUCACACACCGCUGAACUCGCGCCAUCAGUCAGAGAACUACCAGAAAUGGAGUACAAAGCACAGACGUCCUUCUUAACUUUACAGCACAAAAAAUGGAUGAAACAUUAAGAUGUCUUCAUCUUUAGUCUACAAUACACUGCCUGCGAUACACUGUGUUUCCCUUACUCCCCACUCCCCAUUCCCCAUUCCCUAUUCCCCAUUCUGCAUUCUCCACUUCCCCCCCACUCCCCACUCCCCACUCUCCACUCCCCACUCCUCACUCCUCACUCCCCUCUUUGUUCGUACUCAAAUGAAGGAAGAGAAUGGGAAAGUCUGAAAUAAACCAGAGGAAAAACAGACAUUUCAAGUAGAGCUUAAAAUAGUUGUUUGGGAAGCCUAAGUUGAGAUGGCGGAAGAGAAACUCUUGACAUGCGCAUUGGGAUAUAGCGUUGUGUUGAGUUUUACUGGUCAAUAAGAACUUGUCAGACUGGCUCUUUCUCUUCUCAUGGAGACGUUUCGAUAAGAAGUAAGGUGAUGUGAAGAAUUGCCUGUUGACAAUAUUGUAUACCACGAAAAAAGAUGAUAUAUUUAAGAAUUAGAUAACGUUACGUUUUCGUAUCAUUUGUAUAAAAACAAAAUUCAAAUAAAGCUAUUGUCGGAUGAUGCA